UAAAACAUUUGAGCAAAGUAAAUAAAUAUGCUUGUGUCAACUACUAUGGCGACAACAACAAACCUUGGCCAUCCCUGACUGUUAAGUCCAUCCUACAGAAUACAGAUAGUGUAAGGUUAUCAAGGUCUCUGUUAUCUGUACUGUGUGUACCAUUCCCUAACCACUUCUUGACCUGGCUACACGCGUCGAAACUCUUGAAAUGUAUCUGAUAUUACUAUUCGUCUUGGGUCUGGCUGCGUCCAGCUAUCAGCACCACCACCGCGACCACACCCAACACCGAGUUGAAUACCUUGCGAACAUCUUCGAAGAAUUGGCCAAUGACGUCAUAGCACUCGACAGGCAGAGCAUCCAACUCUGCGAGGCGCACUCGAUCGGUUCCAUCAAAGAACUCUUCGAAGAAAAAAGGUUCAGCCUCAAAAUAUCCCUCCAAGGGUUUAAUGACAGUGACGUCACCGUCCAAGUCAGACAUAGAGUGAUGUAUGUCAACGCGGUGAAUAAGGAUCCUGUGAAACAUUUCUCAGCAAUCAAAGAGCUGCCAGCAUUUGUCAACGUUGCUGAAGGAAAGUUCGAUCUUCAAGAUGGAGUUUUAGAAGUGGUGUUCCCCACUAGGAACGUUUUGAAUAACUCUUGCGAUCCUCACUUGAAUGUUGAUGUUGUAACAUUGACCAAGUUUGAACAGUUUUCUGGUCAGACAGGACCAAGGUAGAGAGUGAGGACUAACUUUCUAAAACACCGUCACGUUUCUUAUAAUAUUCUGUGUGAAUAAAGCUUUUUCAACUGUAUAAUGUGUAAUAAGAACUGUUGCUUUAAGUACGUUAUUUUGUGGUUUACUAUAAAUAAACAAGAGGUUAAUAAUAAAUCAAUGCUUGGAAGGAAAACAGAAAACAUAAAUACAAAUAUACCUAAGUAUGUAAAUAUUUACUCACUUUUAUAGGUAGAUUUGGUGGUUUGUAUUUAUUUAGUCUUUGUUGUACAACUACUCAUUUGACGUAACUCAAUGCUUCUUUAAACAGUUUUAUUUUUUGUAACCAUAAUUUGGUUUAGAGGUUUUUCCUGGCCUUGAACUC